AGAUUCAAACUUUGUGCAAAAAUGGUGGCCAAGAAACCAAGAAUUGUUGUCAUUGGGGCAGGAAUGGCUGGUGUUACAGCAGCUAACAAGCUUUACACUUCUGGGUGUGAGGACUUGUUUGAGCUCAUUGUUGUGGAAGGUGGGACUAGAAUUGGAGGCAGAAUAAACACUUCAGAGUUUGGUGGUGACCGGAUUGAGAUGGGUGCUACUUGGAUCCAUGGCAUUGGAGGCAGCCCUCUUCACAAAAUAGCUCAAGAAAUCAAGGCCCUUGAGUCCGAGCAGCCAUGGGAGUGCAUGGACGGGUCAUCAGACGAAGCCAAGACCAUUGCUGAAGGUGGGUUCGAGGUGAGUCCGAAUGUGGUGGAUCCAAUUACUAGUUUGUAUAAGAAUCUGAUGGAUUAUGCUCAGGGGAAGAAGGUUGAGUAUAUGAAGCUUGGAGAUGAAGCUGCUUCUGACGAUGGUGGUGCAGGGAAGCUUAGUGUUGGUUCGUUUCUUCGAAAAGGGCUGGAUGCUUAUUGGGUUUCGAACAAGAGCAAGGAGGAGGUGAAUGGUUGUGGUGAAUGGAGCAGAAAGACGCUAGAAGAUGCGGUUUUUGCAAUGUAUGAGAGCACCCAGAGGACUUAUACUUCAGCUGGUGACUUGUUGACUCUGGAUUAUAAUGCAGAAAGCGAGUACAGGAUGUUCCCAGGUGAAGAAAUCACCAUUGCUAAAGGUUACUUGAGCAUUGUUCAGUCCCUAGCCUCUGUUUUACCACCUGAUGUGAUCCAACUAGGCAAAAGGGUCACCAAGGUUGAAUGGAAGGCAGAGGCUACUCAUUUAGGUGUGGAUCAAAAUGGCUAUGAUUCAAGGCCUGUGAAGCUACACUUUAGUGAUGGGUCAGUUUUGCUGGCUGAUCAUGUUAUUGUUACUGUUUCUUUGGGGGUACUUAAAGCUGCAACACAGCAAGAUUCAGGUAUGUUCAGUCCUCCCUUGCCUUGUUUCAAGGCUGAUGCAAUAUCAAGGCUUGGUUUUGGUGUUGUUAACAAGCUGUUUCUGCAACUGAGCUCCACCCAUGUUACAAAAGGCCAGGAUUUCAGCAAGUUUCCAUUUUUGCAAAUGGUGUUUCACAGAGAAGACUCAGAGUUCAGGCUUAAGAAGAUUCCAUGGUGGAUGAGGAAGACAGCUUCAGUUUGUCCACUGUAUCACAAUUCCAGUGUACUAUUGUCUUGGUUUGCAGGGAAAGAAGCACUUGAGCUUGAAUCACUCAAAGAUGAAGAGAUCGUCAAUGGAGUCACAGCAACAAUCUCUAGCUUUCUAUCAAAACCCCACAAGAAAGAGGAGAAUUCUCAUUCCCAUUUGGGCAACGGGCAUGUGAACCAUGAUGAGGAAAACUCUAGAGUGAAAUUUUCCAAGGUGUUGAAAAGUCAAUGGGGUAGUGAUCCUUUGUUUCUUGGAUCCUACUCUUAUGUUGCUGUUGGAUCAAGUGGUGAGGAUUUGGACAUCCUGGCAGAGCCAUUGCCAAAGUUAAGCAAUUGUGAUGAGGCUGCUAGUGCUACUUCAACUUCUUCACUUCAAAUUCUGUUUGCAGGGGAAGCAACACACAGAACUCACUAUUCCACAACCCAUGGAGCUUACUUUAGUGGUCUUAGAGAAGCCAAUAGGCUUCUCCAAUAUUACAACCACCAUGUUGGGGUUUAGAAGGACCUAGUAAGACUUUUACUUGUUUAUUUUUGAAGAUUUACUGCUAUGAUAUUUAUCAUAUAUUGUCAUUUUGUUCGAUUAGAACAUCGUUGUUUCUCUUUAAGUAUAAUUGAAUGAGAGAGUAAGAGAAUUAGGGGAAGGAGGAUCAAAGAGUCAGAGAGAUAUGGGGGACAAUUUGUUAGAGAUGUACUGCCUGCAUGAAUUAAACAAGCUU